AAACAGCUGGUUGUGCUGUCAUUCAAUUUUUCAUUUACUGCUUGAAUUUCUUUGAAAAUUUUUGUAUAUUUUCUUAAAAUAAAAAAUAACAAUAAAAAUGUCACGAAAUAUCUAUCAAAGUCUAAAUUCCUUCCUAAAUCGCCUUGAAAGAUUCAUAUUUUUCGGACAUCGCGGCCAACCGCCAUUGGAGUUAGCUUUGGUCGGCAUGCCUAGUGUUGGAUUGAAUGCACCUAAUAAAUCUGAUAGAUUUAGCCUUAAGAAUCUGUUAGGUGAUGGCAUUUUGUGGGCUGUGCCUAAGCAUCGUCGUACCAUUGAAAAACGAUUAAAUCGAAAAUUUGGUUUGCCUGGAUAUAAUUGGAAGCCGUUGGUUGCUAAAACCAACUUGCGCUCAUGCAAUCAAUGUGGUCAUGAUCACGAACUGGGAGUACUAUGUCCUCACUGUUACAAAAAAGUUGAGCAGGAAACACGAUUAAUGCAAGAAAAAAUUGAACAAAAGUUGGGACUGGAGCCAAUUGAACACGAAGUUGUGGUACUUUACCAAGGGGAACAACUCGAGAAAAAUGAAAACGGAAGCAACGAUCGGAAAGUGCGCGUAGUGGAAAUGGAAAAGCCACGACCUGUUUGGUUCAGUAAAAAUCUAAUGCAAAAAACUACAGCGCAACCGGCAGAUACAAAGGAAGUUAAACCCUCGAAUCUAGGUUGAAUUUCGCACAUCUUUAUAAUAAGCAAAACUGUUACACUAUGUAGCAGCAUGUUGCAAGAGUAUAAAAAAACCUAUUAUCGUCAAAAUUGUUAAAGUAAUAAAUUCUUGUUAACCAGUCAAA